UGACAGAGACAAAGAUGAUGACAAAGAGCUUGUCACCUGCAUUGUUUAUGGCAGUGUUGAUCAUUGGAACCUGUAGCCUACCAGUUGAUAACAACGCAGACAGUGCAGAUGAUGUACUGGCACAGUUAUUGAAGCAGCGCGAACUUUCAAAGGAAGAAAAGUUAGAGGUGUUGAAGCAGCGCAAACUUUCCGAUGAAGAAAAAGAAGAACUGUUAAAGCUGCUAUACGAUUUGAAGGAAGGACCCUCGAAAGAGCUCCUAAGUCUUAUCAAAGAAUACAACCUUGAAGGAUUGCUUGAAGGCACUGAUAGUAACGUUAAUGAAACUCCCGAAAAACAUGUUUCCAACCACAAGGCACACACAAAGCAUACCAAAAAGAAGAAAAAGACGUCAGCCAAUGAAGCAUCAAAUAAAGUUUUGGAUGAAGCACUAGUUAUGAAGUCUCUGGAACACAUGGCUGCUCUUACCGCGUGGUGUGCUGGUCUGAAGGAGUUAGGACCAAAAAUAGAUGUCACCGAAGAGGCGUUGAAAAACAGAGUAUUGGCUGGUUAUAUCGAAGGUGCUGUAGAAAUUGUUAGCCGUAAUCUGGAAAUGAUCGGAGACAAUGAAGGGAGCGCUGAGGGAUCUGCUGAAAAUGAUGGAAGUGAUCGUAUCGACGAUGAUAAAGACAUGGAUAUGUCCAAGAUAUCGGAAAAGAUCUCGAAUAAGAUGCGUGAGAUUUGUACUUCUUUGAACAGCCUUGAAGCUAUUGGCGCAAAAAUUGAAGCAGGUGUGGCGAAAAAGAAAAUGGUUGACGGUUUGAACGUUGAGACCAGAACCCAUGAAAAUCAAAUUGAAGCUGGUGUGGCGGAAACGAAAUUAGUCGGUGGUUUGGAAGUUAAGACCAGAAAUAGAUCUCCAAUUUCCAGAAGUUUCAAAGAAGAUCAAGGGGCCGGCAGUCUACAGAAGACGGGGGAAAUGGCACACCUAGCCAGGGACGUUGGGUACGAGAUCGAGCUUAAUAAACUGAUUGAAGAACUUAGUGAUAGCGCUCGGCCAAUAGAGGAGCAUAAGAAGAAUGCGCUUGAAAAGAAGAAUACGCUUGAAAAGGAGAAAAACGUUGAGGAACGUAUCGAAGAAUUACUUUUGAAUCGUCUGGCACAUUCUAGGAAACAAUAAGUUAAAAGUGACUGAGCCCGGGAUGGUGAUGACGCAGAUAUAUCUCAUACUCGUUUCCCAGUUUGAUUUUUAAU